CCUGCUGCUGCCUGGCCCGGGCCUAUUUAGAUCGCAGGCAGACACCGGAGGAAGCCCGAAGCCAGGCAGGUUGGGUGGCAUUCUGCAGCAUUCCGCAAGGAGUGCUGCCUCCCUGAGCGGGGAGGUCGUUCUCAGUGACCGGCUUUCCUAGUCCUGUGCCACGCGACCAGCAGAGAGACAUGAAUUACUCACGGUUCCUCACGGCAACCAGCCUUGCCAGAAAGCCUUCCCCCAUCAGAGGAACAGUUGAGAUAAUGAGCAAGGCACCAAAAACCCUCAUCUCUCUGGCUCCUGGAUCUCCAAACCCGAGCUUGUUCCCUUUUAAGGAGGCUACUUUCACUGUGGAAAAUGGAAACACCAUCCAAUUUGAAGGAGAUGUGAUCAAAAGAGCCCUCCAGUACUCUCCAAGCUAUGGAAUUCCAGAACUUCUGUCCUGGCUGAAACAGUUUCAAAUAAAAUUGCAUAAUCCCCCGACGGUCCACUACCCACCCACUCAAGGACAGAUGGAUCUCUGCAUCACAUCCGGCUGCCAGGACGGUCUCUGUAAGGUGUUUGAAAUGCUCAUCAAUCCUGGAGACACUAUCCUCGUAAACGAACCUUUGUUUACAGGAACCCUUUAUGCCAUGAAACCUUUGGGUGGCAACAUUAUUAAUGUCCCCAGUGAUGAGCAUGGGAUUAUUCCAAAGGAGCUCAAAAGAAUACUUUCCCAGUGGAAACCAGAAGAUUCCAAGGAUCCCAUGAAAAAGACUCCAAAAUUUCUCUAUACUGUCCCAAAUGGCAACAACCCUACAGGCUACUCAUUGACAGGUGACCGCAAGAAGGAAAUCUAUGAGCUUGCAAGGAAAUAUGAUUUCCUCAUAAUAGAAGACGAUCCUUACUAUUUUCUCCAGUUCAACAAGCCCUGGGUACCAACCUUUCUCUCCAUGGAUGUCGAUGGGCGUGUGAUCAGAGCUGACUCCUUCUCCAAGAUCAUCUCCUCUGGGUUGAGAGUAGGGUUUAUGACUGGUCCCAAGUCCUUGAUAGAGAGGAUUGUUUUACAUACACAAGUUUCAUCACUACAUCCCUGCACUUUCUCACAGCUAAUGCUAUCACAGCUUCUGUACCAAUGGGGAGAAGAGGGCUUCCUCGCUCAUGUUGACAGAAUCAUUGACUUCUACAAGGAUCAGCGGAGGGCAAUAUUAGCAGCUGCAGACAAGUGGUUAAGUGGGUGACAGACAGACCACAACAUGUGACCAGUCCUGGCAUGGGAGAGACGGUAGUGGAGGUGCUUUCUGGCAGAGGAAGGGCUACCCUAAGGAUAAUCAAGUACCACGUUGUCAACCCUUGAGUUCUAUCAUCUCUGCAAUCAUGCUGAAAGUUUGUUUUUUUUUGUUUGUUUGUUUGUUUUUUUUAUUUUUAAGUCAGGGUCUCAUGUAGCCCAGCCUGGCCUUGAACUUCUGGCCCUCGUACCCCCAGUUCCCAAGUGCUCAAACUGCAGAUGUAUACUACCACACCCAAUUUAUGAGGUGCUGGCAAUGGAACCUAGGACCUCAUGCAUUCAAGGCAAGCACCCUACACACUGGGCUACCUGUUGACAACAGAUUUUGUGGUUCUAAGGGGACUUAAAAAAAAAAAAAAAACCUCAGUCAAAAAAUUAGCCAGCAAUAUUACCUGCAGCUGAAGAAAACCCAUCUUCAACAAAAACUUUCAGAGAUUUAGUUGUUUCAAAAUUUUGUUCCCAAAAUACUUUGUUUCUAACUAAGAACAAAAACAAGUGGUAUGGUAUAAUUUCAAAUUUGUUAAAAUCCUUUGCCUUCUAUUCAUUAGCCACAAAUAUUUGCUUAAUAUUUUCUAUUGUUGCUUUAAGAUUGUUUUUUUUAUCAUGGAAAGAAGUCCAUGGUAUUUUAAUUAUACCAUUACAAGUGCAAAUGGUGUAAAGGUUAAUAAGUCAAAAAUAUCGGUGCCUUGUGUCUGUCAUCUAUCAUUCUCUGUAAAGUUUUCACUUAAAACAGAACUAUAUCUGUAUGAUAAGAGUGCUUUCCUACCAUUUUGUACAGGAGUGGUGAAAAAUAUUAUCGUCAAGAUUUUUUAAGUAAUUAAAAUCGAAAUACUUGUCCUUUC